AUUAACUUCUUUUGGCGUAUAGAUCAAUGUCGCUCGUUCAAGCAAGUCAAGAUUUUAUCAACACGGCUAUCGGUGCGCCUGCUAUCCUUCUCUUAGUCUGGUUACAUGGUUUUAAAGGUGGCGAUGAUACAUUUGGAACAUUUCCUGAAAGAAUCAAAUUUCUUUGCUCGGAGACUUGGUCCAAUACUCAGACCGAAUCUAUCGUUUAUCCAGCCUACGAUACCCGUGGCUCUCUAGCCAAAGCAUCUGAGUUAUUCUUGGAUUGGCUCACAGUCAAGACGUCCGAAAUUGAGGCAGUAGUCUCAGAGGAACGCAAGGAACGAGGUUUAGGUGAUGGUAAACGCGAAAAGGCCUAUAUUGUUCUCCUUGGACAUAGCAUGGGGGGUUUAGUGUUAGCCGACGCAACUCUCAAGCUACUCCGAGAUCGAGACUCUGCAAGCAAAUUGCACGAAACUAUAGUCUGGCCUGGUAUCAUCGGCCUAAUCGGUUACGAUACUCCUUAUUAUGGUCUCAAUCCCGCAGUAUUCGCCAACGCUGCCAAUGAAUACCUGAAAUACGCAAAAAGUGCUCAAGAAAUUGCCAGUGGUCUGGGCCUCGGUCUCGGUGCUUUGGGUUGGAUGUCUGGCUCUACGACCGAUCAAGCAUCUAAAGACAAAACCAAGACAUCGCAAGCUACCCCAAGUGGGUCUAAGAAGAAAGAAGAACCAGCGCCAUCAAACGCUAAUAAAGAUUGGUGGAAGAUGGGUAUGGCAGCUGCAGGUGUCGCCGGUCUAGCAGCGGCUGCAGGUACAUCUUAUUGGCAGAAGGAUGCUAUCUCCGAGAAUUUCACUUGGGCUUCCAGUCAUCUAGACUUUGUAGGAGAAUUAUGGAAAGGAGACAAUUUGAAGAAGAGAGUGAUUGAAGUGAUUGAUACUCAACCCACGAUUAACUUCCAUUGUUUUUACACUGAGAUUCCCAAAGUGUUUGAAAGCAAGUCAUUUUCCGAUAGUCGCCACUUGAUCGUUUUGCCGGACUCCACUAUUCCUCGUGACAUUCGAAAGCAUUUUACUGCCAAUCGAAACAUUCGAGCGAAAAAUGAGAUUGACGCACAUAUUUCAAUGUUCAACGAGAAAGAAAAUAGUGGGUAUUGGGCUCUGGGCAAGGACACAGUCCAACAUAUCACUCAAUGGCUUGAAGCUGCUCAUCUUCAUCGUACGAAGCUCAUUCAAUCUCAACAUGCUGCAACCCAAGAGAAACAGGACAAGGUGGAUGAUGAAGAUUUACGGGAUCGAAAGGAUCGUGCGGAUGCAGCUCAACAGAGAGUAACCGAAGAGCUCGACAAAGAGGAGUCAAGAGACGAGCUUUGAAUACUUUACGCGACCAUUUUAUUAUGUACUUUGGGGCCUAUGCAGGUUGGCCUUGGUCGGGUUGACAAGACAAUAUGUUGUAGGAAUAGGUUUACAUCGUCUGUAUUCGCGUAUUCUUUUUAGUUUCGUCUUGCUUUUCUUAUCUUCAACUUGCCAUCAUCUCAUCAAUUGUUUUUUCUUUUCAUUUUCAAAUCAUCACACUUGGAAGUACCAUCAUUUGUCUGUAUUGGAACCUUGCGAUUUUUCACUUUCAAUGAUCUUUGUAUAUCCCUGAAUCCUGAUUUUGUCCAAUGUUGAUGCGCUUCAUAGUCACAAUA